AAAAGAGUCUAUUGCAAGCAUCUGAUUGUGGUGGUGGUAUUGUCGGAAUUUGUUUUGCUUCAAAUCGUGAAAAAAAGAAGAGAUCUCAAACGUCUCGCGGUUAAAAAAGAUUGAUCUCUUAUUUUGUAACUUUUGCAUCAAUCGGAGAAGAAUUUAGUUUGUGUCAUUUUGUUUUUUCGUACUCAAUUGAAUUGUUUACUUUUUAUUUGUUUUAAAUUUGAACAAGGGCGAACUUUGAUGUGUAAUGGUUUACUAUCAUAAGUAUGGAAGCCUUUUUGGAUUUUUUGGAUUAUUUAUAUGUUUAUUGAGCUGCAUAGACCAUUCAAGAGGGCAAUGGACACCAUUUGAAGUGAAUACUAAUAUUAGUAUUGCGAGUGCCAACGGAAGCAAUAAAAGCAUUAUGUUAACAAAUAGUAGCAGAUUAUUGAAAUCGGAUCAGGUUAGCGAUGCUGCUGCCGAUGAUAACGAUGACGAUGAAGAUGAUAUCGAUAAAACAGAUAAGAUUGUUUAUGACUACGAUGAGGAUUAUGAUCAACCUACGAAAUCAGUGAACCAAACGAAACCAAUCACCGGCAUUGUGUAUACAUGGUCGAAAUGGCCUAAAUGGAAUAAAUGCUCCCGAACCUGUGGAGGAGGAAUUCAAACUCGUAUACGAAAUUGUGUUGAGAAGAAACAAUCGGGAACGGAGCUGCUGAUAGCAGAAUUUCAACCAGGGUCCGAUGGAAUCCAGGGAUGCUUCGGAAUUUGGAAAAAAUUUCGAAUUUGCAAUCAGAAGCCCUGCCCAAAAGAUGAAGAUUUUCGCAAUCAGCAAUGUGCAAUGUACAAUAAAAUUCCUUUCAAGGACAAAUUGUAUGAAUGGGAAGGCUACGUGAAAGAAUAUCACGAGUGCGAGCUAAAUUGCAAACCAGUCAAUCUAAAUUCUUAUACAACUCUUGGUAAAUCGGUAAUUGAUGGUACGCCAUGCACAAAACCCUCCAUUUACUUCACUAAUUUCUAUCGAGGACGUGCUGUGUGCGUGGAUGGAAUUUGUAAGGCAGUUCAUAAGAGCGGAGCUAUUCGUGGAGUUACAACAAAUGAUGUUAAGACAAGAUGUGGGUCAGUUUUAUGUCGACCGGUUUCAGAAAUUUUCAGCAAAGCGGCCUUGCCUCAUGGUUAUUUUUACAUAACGACAAUUGGAAGUGGAGCAACCAAUAUAACAAUCAAACAAAUGGCAUCGAGUGAGAAUCGAUUAGCCAUCCGGUCGACUGACAAUAAAUUCAUCGUUAAUGGUAACAAUUACAUAUCAGAAAGUGGAAUUUAUGAAUAUAACGGUGACGCUUUUGACUACGACAAGGAAUUGCAAAUAAUCAAUUCGAAGGGACCCAUCUCAAGAUCUAUUGAUGUUUUGCUUUUAGUUCGUGGAAUAAAUCCUGGCGUCAAGUAUGACUAUAACAUACCAGUUUCAUCAGCAGGAAUUUCCGAUUCCGAAGAAGGUGAAACUCAUUGGAAUGUAGAAGGAGUACCGCUUGACGAUGUUGAAGAAAACAAAAUCCCUGACGUUAUUGAUGGGCAACCCAACAGAACUAAAGAACGCAAACGUAGAAAGUUUUCAUGGAAACUUCUUGGUUUCGGCCCUUGCAAUAGAUCAUGUGGAACAGGAGUACGAUCACCAAUAUUUCGGUGCAUCAAAGACUCCGCUACACGAUUCUAUACCCCACGGAGAUGCAUGUUUUCUGAAAAGCCAGUCUUUAACGAGGUCAUCUACAAGUGCAACAUUCAAUUGUGUCCGGCUUAUUGGCAAACAGGUGACUUUGGUGAAUGUGUCUGCAAAGAUGGCGUAGGAGUUCAUAAUCGUACCGUUACCUGCAUUCAGGAACAAGACUCAGGAGUAGUAGAAACUGUGAGGGAGAAUAAAUGUGAAGCCGACAAACCAGCAGAGGAAGAAGAAUGUGAUUGCCCAAAGAAAAUCCGCAGAAAGAUCUAUGCUUUGAGACCAGAAAAAUCAGCAAGAAUUUACUCCAGGCUCAUUGGUUCGACUCCUAAUGUCUACAAUUCCCUUAAUCAGACGCUAGGACUACGAAAGGUGCUCAAAGACGACCAAGAUAAGACCGGAGUUUGGCUGAUGUCUGAUUGGAACCAACAAUGCACGAAUGAAUGGUCAUCUAGUCUGGAGCACCGUUCAAUCUAUUGCGAUCGAACGGCUCCGUAUACUGAUGUUUGUGAUCUUCGAAUAACUCCUGUUAUGUCUCGGCGGUGUAAUCAAAAUAAAAAACGCCUUGUGGGAGAAUGGUUAACGUCGAGUUGGCGUAAAUGUUCUGGAGAUUGCUUCAAUCUUUCGAAGAAAAGGACGGUCCUAUGUGUUAUCGAUGGAAUGGUUGUUGAAGAUGAAGGAUGUAAGCUUGAUGAGAAACCAACGGAAUCCAUGAUUUGUACUUAUAAAGAAGUAAAGUAUUGUGGUCCGAAGUGGUACUAUUCUGAGUGGUUUGAGUGUUCCCGACCAUGUGGCGAGGGAACUCAACGACGUUAUGCCAAGUGUCUUGACUACGAUUGGCACGAGAAUGUCUUAAUAGAAUCCAAUAGUUGCAAUUAUAUGGAACGCGAGCCAGUCUAUGGUAUUUGUAAUACUCAGAAGUGUGAAGAAAUCGAAUCUUUGGCUGCGGAACCUGUUCAAAGUGACAAUGCACCUCCAUUUUGUACUGAUGAAUUACUUAGUUGCAAGCGAAUCAACAAAUUGAGUCUAUGCAAAACGGAAUACUUUAAAAAAGUAUGCUGCCAAACCUGUGAGGGUUUUAACUUUCAACAAUAAAAAAGUCCUAUUUAAUACUCGUUGCUAACUUUAUUGUGUAAGGCAUUUAUUUUUUACUGUAUAAGUCAGUAUUGAUAAAAGUUUUAAUCUAAAUCUAAA